GUUUUCUGAAGACUUCAGCCUAGGCAAACUGUAGAUCGAGAGGGAGGGACAGACAGAUGGUCAAAGGAGGCAUAGGUUCCUUAGAGAGAGCUGGAUUUCAGUAGAAGCACUCGUUCAUCUGCACAGCACCAGAUUUGCAGAGGAAGCCACACACAAGAGCAGCGAGCAGAGAUUUCCAUCAUGUUGGGGAUCGCUGAGCUGUUUGUAGCCCUGGGAGCCUCCCUCCUGACCUUGCAGUUCCUGAAGCUGCAGUGGAUGCGCAGCCAGCUCCCUCCAGGACCAGUUCCUCUCCCCAUCAUUGGGAACUUGUGGCUGCUGGACUUCAAACUUCGCCGAGAAACUCUCGCUAAGUUAACCAACAUCUAUGGCAACAUCUACACAGUGUGGAUGGGACAGACACCCAUGGUGGUGCUGAAUGGGUACAAAGCAGUAAAAGAUGGCAUCAUCACCCAUUCAGAGGAGACUUCUGGAAGACCUCUCACGCCGUUCUACAGAGACAUGAUGGGCGAAAAAGGCAUUUUUCUGACAAGCGGGCACACCUGGAAGCAACAGAGACGCUUUGGGAUGACCAUCAUACGGAGCCUAGGAUUUGGGAAGAACAACCUGGAGCAUCGAAUUCAAACAGAGGCCUCCCAUCUCCUGGGAAUCUUUGCAAACACGGAAGGCAAGCCUUUCGACCCCCGCACUUCCAUCGUCCAAGCCAUCGCCAAUAUCAUCUGUGCUGUCGUUUUUGGCCAUCGCUUCUCCAGCGAGGAUGAAUCUUUCAGCAAGCUUAUCAAAGCUAUUUAUUUUGUGAUCUACUUUCAAGCUACCAUCUGGGGCAGGAUGUACGAUGCUUUCCCAUGGCUUAUGCACCGCUUCCCAGGACCGCAUCAGAAAGUGUUUGCAUACAAUGACUUCAUGCACAGUUUAGUUAUGAAUGAGGUCCAGAUGCAUGAGAGAGAGAAGGCAGGUGACCCACAGGAUCUCAUUGACUUCUACCUAACCCAAAUAGCAAAAACCAAAGACGACCCCACCUCUACGUUCAAUAAAGACAAUAUGGUUCAGACCGUGGUUGAUCUCUUGCUGGGAGGGACCGAAACAACAAGCACCACCCUCCUCUGGGCACUGCUCUAUAUGGUACAAUACCCAGAAAUACAAGAGAGAGUUCAAAGGGAGAUGGAGGCUGUUCUGGAACCUUCCCACAUCAUCAGCUAUGAAGACCGCAAAAGACUGCCCUACACAAACGCUGUGAUUCAUGAGACUUUGCGGUACAGCAACAUCACUUCUGUGGGGGUCCCUCGACUGUGUGUGAGGAAUACAACUUUGCUGGGCUUCCACAUUAAAAAGGGCACACUUGUGCUGCCAAAUCUGCACUCUGUGGUGUACGACAGUGACCACUGGGCGACCCCUUGGAAGUUCAACCCAAACCAUUUCCUCGAUUUGGAUGGCAACUUUGUGCACAAAGAGGCAUUCUUACCCUUCUCAGCAGGGCACCGCGUGUGUUUGGGGGAACAGAUGGCACGAGUUGAACUGUUCAUCUUUUUCACUAAUCUGCUUCGGGCAUUCACAUUUCAGCUCCCUGAAGGAGUAAAGGAAAUCAACCCAGAGUACAUUUUGGGUGCAAUACUGCAGCCACAUCCCUAUGAAAUCUGUGCUGUUCCACGUUAA